CGGCGCUUGCACAGACACACACACACGCGUGUGCUCCGCUCCUCCACCUCCUUCUGCACCCGGGUCCGAAGAUGGCGGCUCUCAAACUCCUGUCCUCCGGCUUUCGGCUCUGCGCCUCCGGCCGCAGCUCGCGGGGCGCCUGGCACAAGGGGUGUGUCUGCUACUUUUCUGUCAGUGCUCGUCACCACACCAAAUUUUACACAGAUCCUGUGGAAGCUGUAAAAGAUAUCCCUAAUGGGGCAACCUUGCUGGUUGGUGGUUUCGGACUAUGCGGAAUUCCAGAAAAUCUUAUAGGAGCUUUAUUGAAGACUGGAGUGAAAGAUCUAACUGCGGUCAGCAACAAUGCUGGGGUUGACAACUUUGGCCUGGGCCUUUUACUUCGAUCUAAACAAAUAAAACGCAUGGUCUCGUCAUACGUGGGAGAAAAUGCAGAAUUUGAGCGACAGUUCUUGUCUGGUGAAUUAGAAGUGGAGCUGACACCUCAGGGUACGCUUGCAGAGAGGAUCCGUGCUGGCGGAGCUGGAGUACCUGCCUUCUACACUAGCACAGGGUAUGGGACCCUGGUACAAGAAGGAGGAUCACCCAUAAAAUACAACAAAGAUGGCAGUGUUGCCAUUGCCAGCAAGCCACGAGAGGUGAGGGAGUUUAACGGUCAGCACUUCAUUUUGGAGGAAGCAAUCACAGGAGAUUUUGCUUUGGUGAAAGCCUGGAAAGCAGACCGGGCAGGAAAUGUGAUUUUCAGGAAAAGUGCAAGAAACUUCAAUUUGCCAAUGUGUAAAGCUGCCGCAACCACAGUGGUGGAGGUUGAAGAAAUUGUAGACAUUGGAUCAUUUGCCCCAGAAGAUAUUCACAUUCCAAAGAUUUACGUACACCGCCUUAUAAAGGGAGAAAAAUAUGAGAAAAGAAUUGAGCGUUUAUCACUCCGAAAGGAAGGAGAUGGAAAAGCCAAGUCUGGUAAGCCUGGAGAAGAUGUCAGGGAGCGGAUCAUCAGGAGAGCCGCUCUUGAGUUUGAGGAUGGCAUGUAUGCUAAUUUGGGUAUAGGGAUACCACUUCUGGCCAGCAACUUCAUUAGUCCAAAUAUGACUGUUCAUCUUCAAAGUGAAAAUGGAGUCUUGGGUUUGGGUCCAUACCCACUAAAACAUGAAGCUGAUGCUGAUCUCAUCAAUGCAGGAAAGGAAACAGUUACUGUUCUUCCAGGAGCCUCUUUCUUCUCCAGUGAUGAAUCAUUCGCGAUGAUUAGAGGGGGACAUGUCAAUCUAACAAUGUUAGGAGCAAUGCAGGUUUCUAAAUACGGUGACCUGGCCAACUGGAUGAUACCUGGGAAAAUGGUGAAAGGAAUGGGAGGAGCUAUGGAUUUAGUAUCCAGUUCCAAAACUAAAGUGGUGGUCACCAUGGAGCAUUCUGCCAAGGGAAAUGCACACAAAAUCAUGGAGAAGUGUACAUUACCGCUGACGGGGAAACAGUGUGUCAACCGCAUUAUCACAGAAAAGGGUGUGUUUGAUGUGGACAAGAAAAAUGGGCUGACACUGAUUGAGCUCUGGGAAGGCCUGACUGUUGAUGACAUAAAGAAGAGCACAGGCUGUGACUUCGCAGUUUCACCAAAACUCAGGCCAAUGCAGCAGAUUUCAACUUGAAAUGUGGAGUAGACAUUUGUCUCAGGAUGCCAAGAUUUCAUUUUGAACACAUAGGAUUUAAUUGAAAGGGUGUCAGUAAUCAAAGCUAUAUAUUUAACAAGAAGUUUUGACUCGUUUUCUUCUAGUAUUUCUGGAUUUGUGCAGCCAUAGACUGUUCUCUUGAGUGUGUUCUCAUGUUUCUAUGAAAAACAAAAGGAAAACAUUUCAUCAUGGUCUCAUUUCGUAAGUGCUAAGGAGGUUGUCUUUGCCAUUGGUGCUCAUGUUGGAUGUAUGUUCAUUUUUUAUGCUGUGUAUACUAAACCAGAAAAUUUUCAUGUGAAUUUGUGAUUAGACAGAGUACUUUUUUGAUGACUAUGUAUCAUUUACUUUCCUCUUUUUUUGAGAGAAAGCUCUGAUUUGGUGAUUAUGCUUGCAUCUUUAGAACAUCCUCCUUCCCUCCACACUUCUUAUAGCCAAAUAGAUAUCCAAGAAGGCAAAUAGGAAUGUCUCUAGAAGAAGUAAGCAGAAGUAAGAACAAGGCAUAGGAUCUGACAGUGCUGGCAUCCCACCAUGCAUUGUCUUUGUAGACAACCAACCACCUAUGUGCACUAACAGUUGAGGCUAACUAUAGGAAGAGGACUACUGACAUACUUGUCUGGUUCUCCCACUUUAAGGAACUUGCUAUGCCUUUGUAUUCAGAAGACUCAGUUUUUGUUAUUGAGCCCCAGUGUUUAAUUAUAUAGCAUUUCCUAAACCAAAAAGAAUGGUGGGCAAUUUAUCAUGAGUACUAAAUCACAAUGGAAGUAGUAUUUGCAAAAAUGAUCUUCCAAGAUAUUUCCCUUCUAGGUUCUCCAGUCUGUUCACCAAAGAUUCUAAAUGAAGAAUGACUUUUUCUACAGAACAAUGGUAUUUCAUCUGCUUAAAUUAGUUCCCUUAACAAAGUGCUAUUACUUUAGCCUGAUCUGUGGAGGGAGAGGGAUGGGAGAAUCUCAGAUCUAAGUCUAAACAAGAUGACUUGGGAUUAUAAGGGAUGCUUCCUUAGAAGUACCCUCAAUACCAGACAGUUUCCAGGAAGCAUCAGUUCAGAAAUUCCCUCGGUAUCAGAUGUGUGAAAGCCUAGGCACCCUGAAGCCAGGCUGGACAGCUGGUGUCUGCACAGUAAUUUGUUUGCUACUAAUUAUAGGGAUGUAUGCAUGCUUUAGGUGACGGUUGUCAUUGAAACUCACUUCUCCUCAAGGAUAGCCACAACUAACCUGUACAGUAUGUAAAGGAGAAGAAGGCUUUCCUCCCACAGUACUCUGUGGAGCACUGCCUUUCUGGCUGGCUCUGUGGUUGAAAGCAUCCUGUGCCAGUGCUGAUAGGAUGAACCCUUCUUAGCACAAGAUCCAUGAGAGGAAAUAUGUCUGUGUUAGAGUAAACUUUUGAAAGUAUUAAUAUUGUUGAUAUUGAUGUGUCUUCAGAUGCACUUGCUUAUCAUUCCAGUCUGUUACUUUAAGACAAGGGGAUUCUAAGAAUAUUUCAAACAUUGUCAAUGCCUGAGUAGAUGACUGAAUAGAUGCUCAAAGAGGGCCAUAUUUUUAAAAAUCUGUUCAGCGAUGCAAUAAAAAUUACAAAUUUGACAGAAA